AUGACAGCAGAUUCAUCGGCAUCGCGAGAGCUGCAAAUCUUGAAAUAUCUGGAAAGGCAUUCCCGAGGAGAGCUUUCUUCGAAUCAUUUGGUUCAACUUCUUGAUGCCUUCACCCACGAAGGCCCUAACGGAGUCCACCAAUGUCUUGUAUUUGAAUUAAUUGGCCCUUCAAUUGAUAAGGUCCUUGCAGACUACCAUGAGAGCCACGACAAGCUCUGCUCGGAAACCGUACUCCGAAUGUCUACGCAGCUUUUAAAAGCCGUCAAGUUCAUUCACAGUGCCGGCAUGUGCCAUGGAGACAUUAGUGGCCGAAACAUCGCAUUUAUCUGCACUAAUUUGUGGGAACAGACUGAGGAGCAGCUUUUUGAUGUUCUCGGACUCCCGGAAGUUGAGCCGCUGACCCGGGUUGACGGGACGCCUUUAGGAAAUGGAUUGCCGUCCCAGCUGGUCAAAGCAGCCCAAUGGGACGACUGGAUAGACGAGGACGACGAAGAUAUCAGACUAUUUGAUUUUGGAUAG